GGGGGCCAACCCGCCAUUUAUUAGCUUUACCUCUUCACCUUCCUCACUUCCUUCAAAUCUCUCCUCUUUCUCUCUCUCUCUAAAACACUUUCUCUCUCAAAAAAUAGUUAGAAACUUCAGUCAGUCUUUCCCUGCAAAGUGCAAACCACCAGUCAAAGAGGUAUCUUUUGGUUCUGUUUUCUGGAUUUUGAAGACUAUCUUCGAAGCUGGGUCCUUUGUGAUCAAAACCACUAAACCAGUUUUUUAAUUGAUUUGGGUGAAUUAAUUAAUUAGUGGGUUUUGAUGGGUAUUUGUCUUAGUGCUCGAAUCAAGGCUGAAAGUCCUUCCCACACAGGGACAAACUCGAAAUAUAUUAGCAGGGAUGGACUUGAUCCGACAAUAGCAAGUAGUAAAGUCUCAUCGGCUCCUUUAACACCGAGGAGUGAGGGUGAGAUUUUGCAGUCCUCUAAUUUGAAAAGUUUCAACUUCUCUGAGCUCAAGGCAGCUACCAGAAACUUUCGUCCUGAUAGUGUGCUUGGGGAAGGCGGUUUUGGGUCUGUUUUCAAAGGAUGGAUUGAUGAGAACUCUUAUGCUGCCACCAAGCCUGGUACGGGCAUGGUUAUUGCAGUGAAGCGACUUAACCAAGAGAGCUUUCAGGGUCAUAGGGAAUGGCUGGCGGAGGUGAACUAUCUUGGGCAGCUGUAUCAUCCUAAUCUUGUCAAGUUGAUAGGAUAUUGUGUGGAAGAUGAACACCGUCUUCUAGUGUAUGAAUUCAUGCCUAGGGGAAGCUUGGAGAACCAUUUGUUUAGAAGAGGAUCAUACUUUCAGCCUCUUUCUUGGAACCUCCGCAUGAAGGUCGCUCUUGGAGCUGCAAAGGGGCUAGCCUUUCUUCACAGUGCUGAAACUAAAGUUAUAUACCGCGAUUUUAAGACCUCUAAUGUCCUCCUGGACUCGAACUACACUGCAAAACUUUCGGAUUUUGGAUUGGCCAAGGAUGGGCCAACCGGUGAUAAAAGUCAUGUAUCAACUCGCGUUAUGGGUACCUACGGAUAUGCAGCACCAGAGUAUCUAGCCACAGGUCACUUAACGGCUAGGAGUGAUGUUUAUAGUUUCGGAGUAGUUCUUCUCGAGAUGCUCUCAGGGCGAAGGGCAAUGGACAAAAACCGGCCAUCGGGAGAACACAACUUGGUGGAGUGGGCCCGUCCUUACCUUACAAAUAAAAGGAAGAUCUUCCGCAUCUUGGAUAAUCGUCUAGAGGGACAAUAUAGUUUGGAUGCAGCCUACAGAGUAUCCAGCCUUGCAUUCCGAUGCUUAUCAACUGAACCCAAGUUCAGACCCAUGAUGAAUGAGAUAGUGAAAGAAUUGGAUCAACUUCAAGAUCCUUCCAAGGAAGCUCGUAGCAGUUCUACCACAGGUGGUCGGGCUAGGAGACGAAGCACAGCAGAAAGCACCAAGAGGUCAAUAUCAGCAGUGUCGUUUCCUAGACCUUAGAACAACACGUUCUAUGCCUUACUCUUUAGCAGCUAAGAUGACAAAAUCCCUUAACAUUUUGCACAAAUUAAAUUCGGGUGAAAUUAUCUUCUCCUAUAGUAGUUUGUUUGAACCCAAGUUUCUUGGGUCAUAUUUUGCAUCAAAUAUAUUUUUGGUUGUGAAUGUACAGCUCUUGUUUCAACUAAUGUAAUUUCUUAUUUCUGAGUUAAAGAAAAGGUGAUGUAAUGAGAUGCAUGUAUUGUUUAAAGUUUAUUUUCAAAAUAUCUGUAAUCUAAUUUGAUGAUUUUUUUAUACAGUAUACUUUAUUCAA